GUGCUACGUCACUACCAUUGAGUGCGUUCCAGUGUGUGUUUGUGGACAGCCGUUCAUUUCCCAUCACUACAGCUUGCGAUGCCUGUGAGAAACAGCUGUUUCCCUCGAUAAAAACUCUAGUUAUGGAGUUUGAAACUAAAAUCUACCCUCAGAUCGGUGGAUUUGGGCGAUACAACCGGAUCGUGACGCUUUUCAGUUGGUUCCCGAACUUUGCGGUCUCGUUGAAUCUCUUCAGCGAUGUUUUCUUCACGCUGAUUCCCGAGUCGUACCACUGCAAACCCGACCUGACGUUAUUCCCAGCGUCUUCCGUGCUCGGGAACCUCUCCAGGCAAGCGGUCCUCAAUCUCACCGUCCCGUGGAUGAAGGGCUCCGGGUUCAGUCACUGCGAACUGUACAAGUACCCGCUGAAUACCAGCAACCUCACGGAGAGCGCGCCGCGGGACACGGUGCCCUGCACGGUUGGGUGGGAGUUCGCCAAACCCGCGGGACUACAAAACAACUUGGUGACCGAGUGGGGUCUGGUGUGUGCCGAUCACUGGAGGAUCCCGCUCCAGCACGUCUGCUUCAUGACCGGCUGGACCGUCGGCUACGUCCUCCUCGGCGCCGUCUGCGACUGGUUGGGCCGUCGCUGUUGCCUGCUGCUGUCAGUGGUGUUCUCGGGACUGCUGGGAAUCAUGGCGUGUCUCUCCAACAGUCCUUCUGCUUUCCCGUUCCUGCGGCUCCUGCAGGGCUCAGCGCUAGCCGGAGUGUUUCUGUCAUCUUACAUCGCACGACUGGAGUGGUGUGACCCGCCGCACAGACUCAUGGUGUCGAUGGUCAGCGGCUUCUUUGCGUUGUUUGCCGAGCUGCUGUUGCCGGGGCUGGCAGUGCUGUGCCGUGAUUGGCCCGUUCUUCAGGCCGUCACCACACUUCCCCUGCUGUUACUGCUCUCCUAUUGGUGCUGUGCUUCAGUGUUCCCAGAAUCCCCUCGUUGGCUCUUGGCCACAUCUCAGAUUCCUCAAGCGAAGAAGUGUCUCCAGUCGUUUUCAGCACGAAACGGUGUGUGUGUUAGUGACGAGCUCUUCCCUGCUGAAACACUGCUGUCCGAGAUAGAUGAGAUGUUCCCUGAAGACGUGCGGCCGGAGUGUCAUCAUGUGAUGGAGUUGCGUCACACCAGAGUCAUCUGGAAGAACUGCCUGAUUUUGGGCUUCACUCUCUUCAUCGGCACCGGGAUCCAGUACUGCUUCACACGCAACCUGCACAUCUACUACACACACUUCUACUUCAGUUACUCCCUGCGCGUGCUGACCGGCGCGCUGGCCUGUGUGUUCCUGUGUGUGUGUGUGGACCGCUUCGGCCGCAGGGGGAUCUUACUGCUGUCAGCCAUCGUCACGGGCCUGUCCUCGCUGCUGCUGCUCGCUCUCACACAGUAUCUGCACGGAGGACUGGUCCUGGUUCUGUCAGUGCUGGGUCUGCUCUCGUCUCAGGCGUUAGCCAUGCUCAGUGUGUUCUUCGGCAGUGAGGUCAUGCCCACCGUCGUGCGCGGUGGCACGUUGGGUCUCAUCAUGUCUGCGGGGUGUGUAGGAAUGGCUGCGUCGUCUCUGAUGGAGCUGCAGAAUAACGGAGGCUAUUUCCUUCAUCACGUGGUGUUCUCCUCGUUCGCUGUGCUGUCGGUGCUGUGCAUCAUGCUCCUGCCCGAGAGCAAACACAAGCCGCUGCCGGACUCGCUGCGCGACGGGGAGCGUCAGCGCCGUCCUCCGCUCUUCCUCUCGCGGGUCGACCGGGAGAACCCACCGCUACUGCGCACGCAGACGCUCGGCGCAGAGUUCAACCGCGACAACUACGCUCGUCUCGUCAGCGCAACCAGGAAGAUCAUCGCUAAAGACGCCGUGCCUCUCAAGAUCUCCAGCGUCACACACACACAAGCUCAGGCGCCUCUGCUGGACCGUAACGGCACUGCACCGGGCGCCCGUGAGGAGGAGUCCUAGCAUUACACUCAAACACACACACAGGACAUCUUGUUCACCGUGUCUUUUCCCGGGGAAGACGUCGUCUUGGUGCUUAAACUGUUGAGAAUCCAAGCGUUCGACUGUUGAAGUGUAUAUUUCGGUCAUAUUCAUACACUCAUCAUGAAGUUUCCCACUAAUUGAGCCGUCGCCUGUCCACUUACAGGAGCACCUCAUGCCUCUCAUUACUGCAGUCCUGUGACACACACACACACACACACUGCUGGUUCACGGAGGAGUGCUGGAGAUCAUCCACACACACUUUUACUCCUCAGAGUGGAUGGAUUCGCACUCGAUGAUGUCAGAAUCACCAGAAAACGAGUGUGAAAGUGUUCGAUGAUGUCAUUUUGUGGAAUCUCAUGCGUUAUUUUUGUCGUUUUGUACUUCCUGUCUUUCUGAAUGUCUUGUUUUGUUGUUGUUGUUGUUUCUUAAAACCAAGCCUGGCAAAGCAAAGGAACUGUUUUGCCACUUUUUUUCUUAUUAUUGUAUCUGUUACUUGUUUUAUAUGGAAUUAAACAGUUUAUUGUACCAA